UUGUUCUGUAGUGAGCACUCAGGUUAGCCACUUCACUUUUUUGCUGGUUCACUGACCCAGAAGUGCGUGGUGCAGUGUUUGUUGUACCCAUAGCACAGGGAUAGCAAGGCAAUGCAUUGGGCUGGCAUACUUGCAAGCUGUACUUAAUGAAAUAGGCUGCAUCUGCUAGGGUCUUGUAGCAGAGUUUUAACAACCCAUGCGCUCAUGAGCACUCUUAGGCCCACCUGCAGAUUCAGUCUGCCAUUAAGAAUUUGAGAGAAACUAUUAGUGAGCUUUCUCCCCUUCAUUUCCUCUCCUGAUGUUGACAUCUUAUACAAGGAACUAUCUACAGAAAGCCAGAAAUGUAUCUAACAGCAAGGAUACCUAGAUUAUAGACCUUACGCAAGUUCUAGUAUUCCACUGACAUCUUUUUUUGUUGUUUGUUUCAGGAUCUAAUUCAGGACCCCAUACUCUAUUUAGUUGUCAUAUCUCCUCCAGUCUGAUAUUUCCGUCAUCCCAGAGUAUUCUCCAGUGUUUAUAAGUCUUGACAGGAAGAAAAGUACUAUCUCUGGAAAAAGCCCAGCAAAUAUGUACCUCCAAAGCAACUGGUUGAGGCUAAUGAGGCCAGUAGAGACAGUGAUGUCAAAUACCCCAAAAGAUAAACUAAGGACACAUCAGUUCUCUGCUAGAAAUAUAUUCAUGAGAAAAUGUUAGAUGCAUAUGGGGGAGGAAUGUUCACUGGAACUCUGACCAGUACUUCUCCAGGUGAGGGACUCAGAAUCUACAUGUGGUCAGGGUGUGUGUGUGUGUGCACAUUGACACACUGAAGAGCCACAAGCUUUGCUCUGUGAGUGGUUAAUAGGUGCCUAAGGGAAGUGGAGGCUCCAGGUACAGAUUUCUAGAUGAGUCCACAACAAUAGUUUUACUAAUGCCAUCCCAUGUAGCUUAGCCUGUAUUCUCAGAAUCAGUUAUGCUAUAGAAUCCUAAGGUGCAUAAUUGAAUUCUAUGAUGCAAGGCUGACUGUAAUACCCAUAUAACUUAAAGGGCCAUUGUGGUGUUAUUGUGUUCCCCAAUAUAUCGUGCACCCUAAUAAAUUUAUCUGGGGUCAGAGAACAGAACAGCCACUAGACAGACAUAGAGGCCAGAAAAUGGUGGCACUCACACCUUUAAUCCUAUCACUUGGGAGGCAGAGAUCCAUCUGGGUCUCUAUGAGUUUAAAGCCACACUGGAAACAGCCAGGCAUGGUGACUCAUGCCUUUAAUCUCAGGAAGUGAGCCUUCAAUCCUAGGAAGUGAUGGCAGAAAGCAGAAAGGUAUAUAGGGUGUGAGGACCAGGAACUAGAGCUGGUUAAGCUUUCAGGCUUUCAAGAAGCAGUUUAGCUAAGAUUCAUUUGGAUAAGGACACAGAGGCUUCCAGUCUAAGGAAACAGGAUCAGCUGAGGAAUUGCGAGGUGAGGAAGCUGUGGCUUGUUCUGCUUCUCUGAUCUUCCAGCAUUCACCCCAAUACCUGGCUCCAGGUUUGUUUUUUAUUAAUAAGACCUGUUAAAAUUCAUGCUACAGGCCAUCUCAUUUAUUUCUAGGAAAAAAAACCAUUUCCCUUAGAAUAAAAAGACUAGACAGAUGGAUGCAUUGAGGGCCCCAACAGGAAUGUGUCAGGCUGAAGUUUUCUGUAGUAAAUGUUUUACAGUUUCUCUUCAUAAAAUCCCUCCCAGGGAAUUGGUCAGUGGAAGUGCUCCUAACCACCCUGCACUGUUGGUUAGCAAGGGAGAGAGUUACGCCAGCUUGGCACUUAGAACUCACUUCAUCAUCCCAGGCAGAAGCUUGCAGUGAGAUCUGGUAUUGAAAUAUAGGUGGGAGGUGCUGCUCCCUUGUCCUUAGUUCUCAAGGGCAGAUCUAGAACUCCGAUGGGCACUGCCCUGCAUGCAUGGAUGUAGUCUUCAAAAGAGCGGGGCUUGGAAUUGAUACUGGAACCUGGUGGAUGAGCUGGUGCCUCCAGAGCAUGGAACCACCAUCGAGAAGGGUGAAACAUUGCUGAAAUAGAGUGGAUUUGAUGCCCAUCUUGAAUUAACUUCUGCAGCUUUCAUGUCUACAUAGUUAAGAACUGUCCAGUUUGAUUACAUAUAUAUUAGCCUAUGGUGGAACAAACAUCUGCUUACCCCAAAGGAACCUCAUAUUGGUGAUGGUUCUCUAGAGUCUCAGUGGUGGGGUUCUCUAGAGGAAGCACCUAAAUGGUUGAUUGCAUACGAUAGUGAGCUUUGGAAGAAUUAAGUCUGGCAAGAGAGGCUAGAAAGGGUGAAAAGAUAGGAAGAGGUUUUGGCAUGUCACUGAAAAAGUUGAAAGAAGUGAUGGAGGACAUAUGUGAUAUUGACUACCAUUGCCUUUCUCUCAGGUCCUAAGGAGCAUUAAAAGUCAAGAAUCAUCAGUGGGGCAUGGCGGUGCACACCUUUGAUCCCAGCACUCGUGAGGUAGAGGCAGGUGGAUGAUCUCUGUAAGUUGGAGGCCAGCUUGGUCUGCAUAGUUCCAAGACAGCCAGAGCUACGUAGGAGGACCCUGUCUUAAAAUAGAAACAAAAAAAAGUUGAGGAUAAACAGUGCAGAGAAAGUAAAUAUGAGCUGGUGGUGGCGUACGCCUUUUAUCCCAGCACUUGGGAGGCAGAGGCAGGUGGAUCUCUGAGUUCAAGGCCAGCCCAGGGCUACAUAGAGAAACCCUGUCUCGAAAAAAAAAAAAAAAAAGUUGAGUGUGGGGGAGGAGCUAGUAGAGUGUGAGGAGGGCAGAUAAAAUCUGGACAGGUCCUGUGCUGAUCAACCUGUCAGAACAAACGCCAUUUCUGUGAGAAGCUGCUGUGGCCUGUUUUCCUUUGCCUGAAGAUGGACAGUUAGUUUAGUCCUGUGGAAGCUGGAAAUGGGUUUGGAUUGAACUGAAGUGAAACAGUGGUGUGUAUACACCCUGCUGCUACAAACUGGGUUUCCUUUGAACAGACAAAACCCAAGGCCAUCUUGCCAACAGAUCCAGGGAAGGAAUUCAGCUGCCUUGCAGUUCCCAAGAGCUAUAGGUUUCCAGGAUGGGGACAGUCCCCUUCUGAGCUCAGCUUAUGCAUUGACCAGAGCUAGGGAUGGCUUGGAAUGAAGAUCAUUGCUGCAGACCACCUUCUGUGCUUUGGAUGCAUCUCUGAAGACAUUAUAUAACUUCCUUCAUGGGAUCAGGAUGGAUCUCAGGCUGUGUGACCAGUUUACCAGCCGAACAUUGUUGGUCAGUGUGAAGUCAUGCUCGUGCCACGUUUCAGCCAAUGACAAGGCAAUAUCACCCCUGACCUCAGAGUAUCAAAGUUCUGUAAACACACCCUGUGAUGUCUAUAAAACCAGCAAAGUCAAGGACAGUAGCUCCCAGAGCCUGUCCUUGUGAAAUGACAUGUGACUGACCACCCUUCCAGGUGACAGAAAGCCCAUACCUCGCGACCUCUGGAUUCUUGCUUAUUGGUGUACCCCUCUUCUCGUGUUCUGGAUGAUGUCAGAACAGGACUUGGCGGAUGUGGUUCAGAUUGCAGUGGAAGACCUGAGUCCUGACCACCCAGUUGUUUUGGAGAAUCAUGUCGUGACAGAUGAUGAUGAACCUGCUUUGAAGCGCCAGCGACUAGAGAUCAAUUGCCAGGAUCCCUCUAUAAAGUCUUUCCUGUACUCUAUUAACCAGACGAUAUGUUUGCGGUUGGAUAGCAUCGAGGCCAAACUGCAAGCUCUGGAGGCUACUUGCAAAUCUCUGGAAGAGAAGCUCGACCUGGUCACCAACAAACAGCACAGUCCCAUCCAGGUCCCCAUGGUGGCUGGUUCCCCACUUGGUGCCACCCAGACCUGCAACAAAGUGCGAUGCGUCGUCCCCCAGACUACAGUAAUACUCAACAAUGAUCGGCAGAACGCCAUUGUAGCCAAGAUGGAAGACCCAUUGAGCAACAGGGCACCGGAUUCCCUGGAAAAUAUCAUUAGCAACGCUGUUCCUGGGCGUCGGCAGAACACAAUCGUGGUGAAGGUGCCAGGCCAGGAUGACAGCCAUAAUGAAGACGGGGAGAGCGGGUCAGAGGCCAGUGACUCUGUGUCUAACUGUGGCCAGCCAGGAAGCCAGAACAUUGGAAGCAACGUCACGCUCAUCACCCUGAACUCUGAAGAGGACUAUCCCAAUGGCACCUGGCUGGGCGAUGAAAAUAACCCUGAGAUGCGGGUACGAUGUGCCAUCAUCCCCUCCGAUAUGCUGCACAUCAGCACUAACUGUCGCACAGCCGAGAAGAUGGCCCUAACGCUGCUGGACUACCUGUUCCAUCGAGAGGUGCAGGCUGUGUCCAACUUGUCGGGCCAGGGCAAGCAUGGGAAGAAGCAGUUGGACCCCCUCACUAUCUACGGUAUCCGGUGUCACCUCUUCUAUAAAUUUGGAAUCACGGAGUCCGACUGGUAUCGGAUCAAGCAGAGCAUUGACUCCAAGUGCCGUACAGCAUGGCGGCGGAAGCAGCGAGGCCAGAGCCUGGCGGUCAAGAGCUUCUCCCGGAGAACACCAUCCUCAUCCUCAUACAGUGCCUCAGAGACCAUGAUUGGUACCCCUCCACCCGCCAGUGAGCUACAGCAGUCGCAGCCACAGGCCCUACACUAUGCGUUGGCCAAUGCACAGCAAGUGCAGAUCCACCAGAUUGGAGAGGAUGGCCAGGUGCAAGUAAUUCCACAGGGCCACCUCCACAUUGCCCAGGUGCCUCAAGGGGAGCAGGUGCAGAUCACACAGGACAGUGAGGGCAAUCUACAGAUCCAUCAUGUUGGCCAGGAUGGACAGUCGUGGGGCCUGUGCCAGAAUCCCAUUCCUGUCAGCGGUGACUCAGUGGCCCAGGCUAAUCCCUCCCAGCUUUGGCCUCUGGGAGGAGACACACUUGAUCUGCCUGCUGGAAAUGAGAUGAUCCAGGUACUGCAGGGUGCUCAGCUCAUAGCCGUGGCCUCUUCAGACCCUGCUGCUACGGGAGUAGACGGGUCGCCUCUCCAGGGCAGUGACAUUCAGGUUCAGUACGUCCAACUGGCACCUGUGAGUGACCACACAGCUGCAGCCCAGACGGCUGAGGCGUUGCAGCCCACUCUGCAGCCUGAAAUGCAGCUUGAACAUGGAGCCAUCCAGAUCCAGUGAGAUUAAGCACUGUAGGAGUACCACACCACAGCUGCUCACUGACCCUGCCCUGUGUCCUGCUCUCCUGCUUCAGCAGGACAACUGUGGAUUCUGCAGGGCACAUGAGAGCUCCUCCUCCUGGGGAAGGGUCCUGGCCAUCCCCUGCUGGAAGGCACCUCAGGAUUGAGUCCCACUGCUGGUCUCCGGAGAAGCAUAGUGCAGAGCGUGUUGAGUACAUUCAGAAAAACAAGAACUACGAUAUUUUGUUUAACAGCUUUUUUUAAUUUGCUAUGGUGUUUAUAACAAAAAAGAAAAUGGAAAAAAAAAACCCACACACAACAGAAACACAACUGUGGAGUAGCAGAAGCCUUGGCCGUGUGCUCUCUUCAGGGUCCUGACGUAGGUGUUGGGGCCAGCUGACGAUGCUGGAGCACUUCGGACCCGCUGCUAGGGGAGUGCUCCACAGUGUAAUUAUGCAUUUCUAAUGAAAUAAAAGUGUAUUUAUGGCCACAGA